AUGAAGCCGUCUACUCAACCAUUGCCUCCCGAUCACGUUGAAAAGUCCAACUCCACCGCGAGCCUCUUUUUAGGUGGUGUGCGGAGGAACUGGAUGGCCGCAUCCCGUCCAACUUCAAAUACUUGUUGCGAUGUCCCUCCACCAAAAGGCACUGCGUCGCCGGACCCCGAACUUCCGGAAGUUGCGCCCAUGUCCCCCGUCACACCGGGGGCCAUGCUGCCAUCGGCGCCAGUUACUGCAGUGACAGCGGUCCCUGCCCCCAAGAAAUCCGAUCCUCCAACAACUGCGCUUCCAUCUCCCGUACCAAGUGCAGACUCUCAUCCAAGUCCGGCUAUUAGCCACCCAUCAACGGCUAGUCCCGCCGUCGCUGCUGCUCCACCGGUCGCGAAUCCUCAUCCACCCCCAACCCCAACAUACGUCACGAAUGAGGCUGGCCCUCGCCUGCCAAACCAACCUGGGAUGACCCAAGUCUCACAAGAUUCUCCAGGGACCCCAAUCGCACGUUCAAGCCCCCAGAGAAGGGCAAAUGCGCUGCCCCAGCCCAUGCAGGCCAAGGCGACAGUCCCAAACGGUCGGAGCUCAGGCCCAGAUCAGUUCACAUGGAAGAGAUGGCAAAUUUGGGUAGAGCAAGUGAGGAGGAAAGCGUCGAAUUCUCGGUCCGCCGUUGCCGCCCCUCGAGCAGAACUGCUGUACGACGCCUGCAUGGCCAAAGACCUUUUUUAUCUGGUGCUGCAUCAGGUGUUCUGUUGCGUAUCCUUGGGCGAUACAGUGUUCUUGGACCUGCCCUCGCUCAGUUCAGAAUGGUGUCAAAGGGGCUUUGGCCGGGUCGCGGAGCUGUUGGAGAAUAACAAUAAGCUUCCCAAGGGGCUCCUCGUUCUCUUUGCCCAGUUCCCGAUCACGCCAGAGGACAUGAAAGAACAAGGCUGGUACCAACGGACAGUGCAAGAGGUUGCUGAUUUCCUCCCGCUGCUGGCAUCGCGCUUCACGAGUUGCGAUUGUCGGUUUUACAUCGAGGUGGCCAAACGGCGCUUUCCGCCGUUGGUGCAUGAGAUGAAGCGAGAAUUCCAACUCAAUUCGCCCGUAUUCAUGAGUGUAAUAUUUGCUUCCAUGGGUCGGCAACUAUACGAUGGCUCCAGUUUCUUGGCGUUGAAUCAGCUGUUCAAGGAAAAUCUGGCUCUCGAACGGACUGGCUUGGACAAGGAUUCUCAUCAUCGGUUAAUCGAUGCUUACCGAAAUAUUCCAAUGAAAGGCCUCCCACAACAAGCGACGUUGCCCAUUCUCCAGGUUCCGGCUACAACUUCGGCCUCUCAAUAUCCUCAACCUGAAGUCACGCAACUCUCUAGAAACCAACCUUCAUCAGCGAGCCUAAGACCAGCAAGUCCCAGCCAGGUCAGGCGUGAAAUUGUUCAAGGGCCAUCAAAUAGAUCACAAGUACCUCCGAAUGCACAGGCCAGGCAAUUCCUAGCUAUUCAAUCCCCAGCUAUUCAACUCUCAGCUGCUCAGCACCCAGCUAGCCAACCCCCAGCUAGCCAACCCCCAGCUGGCCGAUCUCCGGCCAUGCAACCUUCAGCCAAUCGACCUCCGCCGAUAGUCACUGUCCCCUAUGGCCAUUCUCCGUAUCAGUACCCUUCACAGCAGGUACAGCAGCAGCCCUUCACGCCAAUGCCGCCAAUGCCCCAUUAUCCACAAAUGUCGCCAGCACAGCAAGGUCAAAUGGUAAGCAUGCCUCCACAGCCCGGCCAUAUACCUGGGUAUGCUUGGCAUCCUGCUCCCAACCCUCAGACACAAGCACAGCAACGGGAGUUUCUUCGGUCCUACGUACCUCCGUCAGCAUAUACAAUUCCCAAUUCAGCCCAGCAGAAUGUGUCUUCCCAAGGAGGCGCUUCCGACGGCCACCACCGAGAGAAUCAGGUGCCAUUGCAAACUUAUCAGACAUAUCUAAGAAACCAGCCGAUGCCUUCUCCGCACCAAGUUCAGUCGCCAAAUUCACGAUCUCCUCAAACCCAUUCUUCCUCAACCGCGUCCCUCUUGCCGCCUGUUGGAUAUCGUCUCCCACCGUCUGUUCCGCCAAACCCCAUGCGUCUCGGGCUACACCAGGCCGAUCUUCGUGACCCGAUAAAGAAGUGCGUGAAGAAAGGGCCCGGGGGCGAAAUGCGGGAAGCCGAGCUUUAUCAUUAUGUGAGCCAUUUUGCUCUGGAUCCUUCUGCCAUCGACCCCGAGGACUACAAUUAUGUUUGGAAUUUCUCCGUGUCUGCCGAUGAUAUGACGAGACGCCCACGCCCAGUAGAGACGUCUGCCAAGGAAGGCUUCCGUCGCAUCCUCACAUACCAAUCCGGUUGCCGAACCUUUCGUCUGCGAUGUAUCGCACUCCCAGCUUCGGAGGACCCCAAACAUGCAAAGACCCUGUGGCAUACGGCAUCUACAACUUGGCCUAGCGUGUUCUAUAUUCAUCUCAACGGCAGGGAAUUUACUCCCUGCCGGAAGGUUCACAAUGGAAAGGAUCUGCCUUUGGAUAUAACCUUGGAUCUUCGCGAGGGUGAAAACAAGCUGCAAGUUGACCUUCUUCUUGGACCAGAUGAAUGUCAGAAAAUACGGUACUACUUCGGUAUUGAAACAAUGGACGUCUCUCGGUUUGACUUGGUGCGUAGCCUCGUCCGAGCCCUCCCGGCUGAGAUUGUGCGUGAAAAAAUUCAAAAGCGUCUCAACCAGGCCACUGACGAUGAUGACGUGGCUGUUGUGACCAACAACCUGAGUAUAAGUUUGAUUGAUCCUUUCACUGCACAGAUCUGCCAGACGCCUGCCCGCUCCACUUACUGUGACCACCAGGAAUGUUUCGAUCUUGAAACCUUCAUCAAGACUCGAAAAUCUAUCAGCGGGCCGACCCCGAUGAACGAUAAUUGGAAAUGUCCUAUCUGUAACGCCGAUGCUCGCCCACAGCUACUGGUCCUGGAUCGAUUCCUUGAGGAUAUUCGCAUGCAGCUUAUCCAGAGGGACCAAUUGGAAGGUGCCCAGUCCAUCCUAAUCAAGCCGGAUGGCACAUGGUCCGUGAAGGCUACCAGGGAUGAACAGGCAUCUCGAGAGAAGACACCAUGUUUGCCCUUGGCCAAGCGCAAAGCAGAUGGUCUGAGAACACCACCAGGGAAUGCAGCUUCGCGAAUCAAACUUGAGGAACAACAGUCUCCUGAAUAUCAGCCUCCGGAGCGAGUGUACCUUGAACAACAACUUCCGGAACGAAUCAUUAUUGAGAUCGACUAA